CUCAGCGUUACAGAAGUCGCAAAGGCGUUUUCGCAUUGGUCUCAGUCUCAGUCGCCUCAGUUAUAAAGCGCAUUCGUACCAGUUAGCGCUGACAUGCGUAGGGCAAAUGAAAAGUGAUUGGUAAUAAUUACGCUUUUUCGAUAACGAAGUAUAGAAUAAAAAGUGAAUAUAAAUGUUUGCACUGACUGUGCAUAUAUAAAUAUGUGUAUAUAGAUAAAAUAUGCACAUUCAUUGUGUUUUAAUGAAACUCAGUGAACUUUAGACUACUUUUAAUUUUGCUUGUUUAACGGGAAAGGCAGUAUUGAUAUAAAACUUUUUAUUAACAAAAAGAUUGUAGUUAAAAAUUUAUUUUAAAUCUAACACAAUGAAGGGACCAGCAGAAUUACGUUUUGAUGGCAAAGUAGUUAUAGUAACUGGAGCUGGAGCUGGUCUGGGCCGAGCAUAUGCAUUACUCUUUGCUUCAAGAGGAGCUAGUGUUGUGGUAAAUGAUUUAGGUGGAGGAAGACAUGGCGAUGGAAGUAAUACCAAGAUUGCAGAUGAAGUUGUCAAAGAAAUUAAAAAAAAUGGUGGGAAAGCAGUUGCAAAUUAUGACUCAGUACUUGAAGGUGCAAAAAUUGUUAAAACAGCUAUUGAUGCAUUUGGGCGAGUAGAUGUACUUGUUAACAAUGCUGGAAUUUUAAGAGAUAAAUCGUUUGCUAAAAUGUCAGAGACAGAUUGGGAUUUAGUACAAAAUGUACAUCUAAAAGGUGCUUUUAAAACCACUCAAGCUGCUUGGCCAUAUUUUUCUAAACAAAAUUAUGGUCGAAUAAUAAUGACAGCAAGUAAUAGUGGAUUAUAUGGAAACUUUGGUCAGGCCAAUUACAGUUCAGCAAAAAUGGGUCUUAUUGGUUUGUCUAAUACAUUAUCUAUUGAAGGCAGGAAGAGAAACAUACAUACUAAUGUAAUAAUUCCAACGGCUGCUUCUCGUUUAACGGAAGACAUUUUGCCAUCAGAUUUCUUUCAACAUCUAAAACCUGAAUUAAUAGCACCAGUAGUAGUUUGGCUGUGCCAUGAGAAAUGUACAGAAAAUGGUUCAAUUAUUGAGUCUGCACUAGGUUGGGCUGGAAAAUGUCAUGUGAUUCGCUCAUCAGGAUCUACCCUGAGGCACAAUUUAUCGAGUGAUGUAACUCCAGAAGACGUUGAAGAAAGAUGGGAAACUAUUACUGACAUGUCAUCUGCUAAACAUUUUAAUUCUAUUCAAGAGGUAACGGGACAGUUUAUGACUAACAUUGAAGAAAUGAGUUCUGAAAAUUCUAUAUCUAAGAACGACAAUGUUUUUAAGCACACUUAUAAUCACCAGGAUACUAUAUUAUACGCUUUAGGAGUUGGUGCUACCGUUCAAGAACUAUCUGAUUACCGUUAUUUGUACGAAAAUGAUAGUAAUUUUGUUGUAUUACCUACAUUUUAUGUUCUACAUGCUCCAAUACACUGUAUGACUUCUCCGAUGCUGGAAAACAGUUUACCAAAUUUUCAAAUAGAUCCAACAAAAAUAUUGCACGGGGAACAAUAUAUUGAAGUCUACAAACAAUUGCCGACAGAGGCUACAGUGGAAACGCAUUUUAAGGUUGUGGACAUACUUGAUAAGGAUAAGGGAGCUGUAAUUGUGAUACGCCACGAAACAUUUGAUACUGCCACUGGUGAUAAAUUAGCUAUGGGACAAAUGGCAGCAUAUAUAAUAGGUGCAGGCGGUUUUCAAGGAAAACGAACAUCUUCAGAGAGUAUACCAGUUAUUAAUCCUCCAAAUCGAAAGCCUGAUACAUCUGUUACGCAACAGACUAGCUAUGAUCAAGCUGCCUUAUACAGAUUAAGUGGAGAUGCAAAUCCUCUACAUAUUGAUACAAAUAUAGCUGCAAUGGCUGGUUACAAAAGACCUAUUCUACAUGGACUAUGCUCUCUUGGAUUUUCUGUUCGUCACGUUCUUCAAACAUAUGCAGAUGGCGACCCAAGUUUAUUCAAAUCCGUAAAGGUUCGUUUUGCGAAACCAGUUUAUCCCGGGCAAGCAUUGCGAACCGAUAUGUGGCAAGAAGGAAAUCGAAUUCAUUUUCAAACAUACACAGCAGAGAAUAAUGUACCAGUUUUAACAGGUGGUUAUGUCGAUUUAAAAGAUAUCAAAUCCAAACAAACAACAAUGCCUUCACUAAAUAUUUCCUCUGACGAUAAUAAUCUUGAAAGUGAUGCAGUGUUUACUACAAUUGCUGAAUUUAUAAAAAAGUAUCCAGAAGAAGUAAAGAAAAUCAAUGGAAUCUUUCUUUACAAUAUUUUAGUAAAAGGAAAGCCACAAGCAACAUGGACUUUGGAUUUGAAAAAAGCUGAAAUAUAUAGAGGAGAACCAAAAUCGGGUAAACCCGAUGCAACGCUUACCCUUGAAGAUACGGACAUGAUUCAAAUAGCUUUAGGAAAAUUAAAUCCACAAAUGGCAUUCAUACAAAAAAAAUUAAAAAUUACAGGCAAUAUCAUGCUUACACAAAAACUAAAAUCACUUAUGGAAGCUGGUAAAUCGAAACUGUAAUAUUAUACAUUGUUAAUUUGUUAUAUUAAUAUGUAUAUUUAUUCAUUUUUGUUAUUCAGUAUUUUUAUACUUUUGUAUAUUUUUAAUAUUGUGUUGGUGGAUUAGGUGAAGGUGGGAAUAAAAUGUAUAUACUAUAUUAUAAAUAUUAGAAUACCGUUUUUAAAUACAGUACUUCCUUGAAAGUUUAUUGCUAUUCUCACUAACUUUUAGAAUUGGUUUUAUGGAGUGAAUUAAUAUUGUGUCAAAAAUAGAUAAAUGCAUAAUGUAACAUACAAGACCAUACUACAUCUAUAGUAUUUUAUUAUUGGUGCAUUCUUAAUUUCAUGAAAAGUAAGUGUAAAAAAAAGAACAUAAAUAUAUUAAAAUGGCCUCAUUAUAUAAGAGCGAGUAUAUAA